UAGCUAGGUAAUGUAUAAAUUACAAUUUUAGACUUGCGCGUCCCUGCAUUUGUCAAGUGUCAACGUCACUUGUCAACUUCGUCAAGUUCACAUUCUUGAUUCUACCAUUUAAAACAAAUUAGUUGCUAGAAAUUACGAAGAGGAAAUUUUUUGUUAGAAAAUUAUCAACAAUUAUAGUACAUAAGAGUCUCUGCGUAACAAGAAUUGAAUAGACAAUAAUGAAAACGGGACCCUUGUACGGCAUCGUUGCGAAUUCGAAAUCGCGAAUGCGAUGUGUUUUUUGUGGAGUUUACAUACCGAAGGCUAACAAAUGUAUUGAAGAGCACACAAAUGGUACGAAACAUAAAGAGAAUAUAGAUCAAAUGGUCGAACAUGGAAUGAUAUAUAACAACGAGGAGUUAUAUUGUAAGCCUUGUAACGUAAAUCUCACUGAAGAAGAAUCUGUUGCGUCUCAUAUUGAAAGUGAUGAUCACGCCAAUUGGAUGGCGGCUGUGGACAAUUUAAUAGAGGGCGAGUUCAUCAACGUUGAUUCAUACCUAGCUAGCGAAAGUGAAGAAGUAUUUUGUGAAGUGUGCAAUUGCAACGUAAAUUGUACUUUACAAAAUAUAGAAAUUCACGUUAACGACAUCGUCCACCGUAGCAAUGUAGCUGAGAAAUUGAAACCGUUAAAUGGAAUAUUUCGCGUUGAUAACGAUGAUGAGUUAUGGUGCAAACUUUGUGAUGAGUACAUUGAGAAUACGGCAAGAAGUGUCCUUGAGCAUAUUGAUGAUUCCCCCGAGCAUGUAGAGUGGUUUAUUGAGAUUGAAGACCUAAUAGAGGGUCAGGAAGUAUCUAUUCAAGAUUUUCUUAAAGAUGAGCAUGAGAAAAAUGCAUAUUGCAAUAAAUGUCAGAUAGAAAUAUUUUGCAAUGCUCAAAGUAUUGAAGAACACGUCCACAGUGAAGCACACCUUAAUCAAUUUAGUUAAUGUUUCACGCUAAGUGUAUUCACUCAAAAAAACAUUACGAAUUAGCUAAUUCAAUCAGAUAACAAUUACAAUGGAAUCAAUAAUUAUUUUUAAAAGCUUUUAUUUCAUUGCACAUGUGUGGAAUAAAUGAACUUUUAAGCACAUUCAUACAAACAAUUCGGCUAAAAUUUUGCACACACACUUGCCACUGAGGAAUGAUAUGAUAUGACAUAAAUAAAUCCUCAUAUUAAUAGUUUUUUUUUUUAAUAUAUAUAUUUUUAAUUUGAUGUAUAAAUUACAAAGUUUGAACAUUUUCCUACAAAAAAGCUUGUAAUUCAUUCUAUUUAUAUAAAUGUGUAUUUAAUAAUCCUGAUAUGCUUUAAAACACCUUCAAAUGUUUUGUUAUUAUUUUAUUGCUUGGACAAGAAUAAUGACAUACUUUCAAAUAUAAUUUAAAUAAUUUCACAUUAUUAUUUUUACUUAUAUUUAUUUACCCCAAGUAAUAACUAGAACAUUCCAUAUGAUUUUUUGACAUUUUGUUUCUUUGGAAUUUAUCAUUGAAAUAAAGGUUUUACUAUCUGCCUUAUAAAUAUCAUUUAGUAGGUUUGAUUAAAGCAGGGUCAGAUUUUCCAUUAGGCAGUGCAGGUUAAUGCAUUGUCUAGAGGUCCCUAGGCAGGUAAAAAUUGAUGGAUAAGUAUUAAAAACAUUUUUAAUGAAAUUGUUGAAGUCAUAUAUCUAUUUGAUCAGGAUGAGUGUAUAACUGGGUCACAUAAUAAAAAAAGAACAUUAUUAUAAAUGAAAUUGCAAUAUUUUCAAAUAAGUAUAUAAUAAGCUAGAAAAGGGUAAAGGAAUUUAAAAAAAGCAUUGACUGGGUGCUCCAAUUUGGUUAAUCUGACUCCAAGUUAUAACACUAAUUUCUCUCAUUUUGUCAUCAUUGAAUUGGCAUUUAAAUGAAGAAGUUUGCAUUGACAUUGUUUCACAAAUUAUCUAAAUGAAAUCUGUUUAAUUUUACAUAAUUGAACAUAAAUAUUUUAUUUAUAAAUAAAACAUAAGAAAUCUAAAAAUUACUUUUUUGAAUAUUUAACAUAAAAUGUUUAAGCUGGUAAAUUUUAAUGUGAUCUAAUGUGUCUUAUGUCAACAGGAAUUAAAUUAAAAAUAUU